CCACGGGGCAAGAGCUGCAAUACUGGUUCACUUAUGAGCACUCGAAUCUCCUCUUCUGCGUGUUACUCAGUAGCAUUUUGUGGUCGCUACCCUUGAACCGGAACUCCUCCAGCAGAUUGGUUACACCGCACUGCUGUUACUGUGUGUCUGUUUGGGAAGAUAAAGUCACCAUUUCAGAUACACGCUUCAUGGGGAUGUAAGGCUUCAUCUGAAAACUGCACGCUUAUUUUUGCCUUCAUUGAAGGAUGUUUGGUUUUAGAUAACUUUUAAUAAGUGUUUUUUUUUAGAAAACAUGUCUUAGCUGUGUGAAUGAUGAUAGAGAGAUGAACUGUUCGGCUCCUUCGGGUCAGUCAGCCUGAGGGGAGGAAGAAGGGAGAAACCUCGCCGGCUUCUUUCAGAUGGCUGUGCAGUGCUCGCUGUGGCCGGAUGAGGGUGUAUCUCUGAUCGGACACUGAUUCCUUACCCCUCCACCCCCGUGUAAUUUUUUGUUUUUGUGUGUGUGGCGAGUGAGGUAAACCCAUUUCCCUCGGGCUCGGUCCGAAACCUUCAUACAGUCAAGGGGAGGAUUAAAAGCCCAAUUCCGUGAGAGAGCCAGGCCGGAGAAAGAUGGGGAACACUACUUCAUGCUGCGUCUCGUCCAGCCCCAAACUGCGGAGGAACCACGCUCGCCUGGAGACCUACCGCACCGAUACCGACAUCAGCCGGGAGGACACGGGCUGCAACCUGCAACACAUCAGCGACCGGGAGGCGGUGGACGAUUUAAACAUGGAAUUCAACCCUUCAGACCACCCUCGUGCUAGUACCAUGUUUUUAAGCAAGUCUCAAACAGACGUGAGAGAGAAGCGGAAAAGCCUCUAUAUAAAUCAUCAUCCUCCAGGUCAGACGAGAAGGAAAUAUAGCUCCUGCUCCACCAUAUUCCUUGAUGACAGUACAGUCAGUCAGCCAAAUCUCAAAUAUACCAUCAAAUGUGUAGCUCUUGCAAUAUAUUACCACAUCAGGAACAGAGAUUCAGAUGGACGAAUGUUAUUAGAUAUAUUUGAUGAGAAGCUCCACCCAUUGUCGAAAACAGAAAUGCCAGCAGACUAUGACCGACAUGAUCCAGAACAAAAACAGAUUUACCGUUUUGUUCGAACGUUAUUUAGUGCGGCUCAGCUUACUGCGGAAUGUGCUAUUGUAACUUUGGUGUAUCUUGAGCGACUCUUGACAUACGCAGAGAUUGAUAUCUGCCCGAGUAACUGGAAACGGAUUGUGUUGGGGGCCAUCUUGCUUGCAUCCAAGGUCUGGGACGAUCAAGCUGUAUGGAACGUGGACUACUGCCAGAUCCUUAAGGAUAUCACAGUAGAAGAUAUGAAUGAGCUGGAACGCCAGUUUCUGGAGCUGCUGCAGUUCAACAUCAAUGUGCCCUCCAGUGUUUACGCUAAGUAUUACUUUGACCUCCGAUCCUUGGCAGAAGCCAACAACCUGAGUUUCCCUCUGGAACCACUCAGUCGGGAAAGGGCACAGAAACUGGAGGCACUAUCCCGACUGUGCGAGGACAAGUACAAGGACUUGAGGAAAUCUGCUCGGAAGCGCUCAGCCAGUGCAGACAAUCUGACUGUGAUCCGAUGGUCUCCGGCCAUCAUUCCUUAAUACUGGGCAGCUUUGCUCGAAUAAAUACGCUAUCAUCCAUCCAGUUUUUGUCUGGGGGAAAGAAAAUAAGAGAGACUUCAUUAGACUUUGGCUAGAUGCCUUCACAGUGCCUCCAUCUUGUGUAGCACAGGAAAAUGGAAAAAUCUCAUUUGAGAGAACAAAAACUUUGAAAUUAUGAGAAAGGACUUUCAUUUCUAGCAUCUUCACUGCCUCUAAACUGCACCCCCACCCCUUUCAAUAUGGGCCACCAUCAUAAAUGGAAAAAAGGGGUCCAGAGAUGGAAAACUGAGGAAGAAAAAUGUCAUUCUUAGCAGUUGGCUUGUUUGCAGGAAAUAUGUUGAGACAAUGUGGCUGAGUAAGAAGUUUGCUUUCAGCACAUAGCCGGGGCAGUUUGUGAGCACCGGUAUUUUAUUUUUAAUUUAUUUUAAGCCUGAUAAAUUUAUGGUUAGACUUUCAUGAGUGUGUAAAAGAUGAACCACUCGUGUGAAAUGCCACAAUGGUCAACAAUGAUCUGCUGUGUUUCAGAAACCAUUUUAGAGAUUGGCUUAAUGUUUGAUUCCUUGCCUGUUCUGCACCACCCUACCCCACGAAGGCAGUAUUUCCCAGUGAAGGCAAAUCCAUAGCGUCUUUUCAGUCCUGUGAAAAGCCACAGAAAGAUGUAAAAUGCUCUAGUGCAAUUGUUUCCACAUACUAAAUUGAAGUACAUUACAGCCAGCACUUACUGGUCAGAAUCACUUAUUCCACUAGACCCAUGAUGAUGUUUUUAUACCAGUUUGUUUUUUUGACGCUCUUGGAGUAGAGCUCUGUUUAUGUUGCAGGGACAGUCUAGCAGCACAAGAUUUCACGUGAAUCUUUAUUAGGAUAGCCACUGCUCCUUUCAUAUUACUCUUUAAAUUGAUAUACUUGAAGGUAUAUUUCACAUGGAUAAUUUCCAAAUGUAUACCUCAUAUGUUAGCAUUCAUAUCAUCACUAUUUUAGGACAGAAAACAUUCACCUUGCUAUUGUCUUGAUUUUAUGAUUUCUUUUAGCUUUUUCUAUAAUUUUCAACACUCCACAACAUUUCACGUAAAACCAGUUUGACAUGGGUUUAUCACUCACUGAAAUGAAGAAUUAAGUUUAUCAACGUCAUGUCUCAAAAGUGAACUCAACAGCGACCUCUUCUGAUAUUUUGUGGAAAUUCUGUAUUAUUCCAUACUGUGAAUCCCUAUUUCUGUUUUAUCACACCAUCAUGUUAUUAGCACACAAUUUCACUGAAAAUUGUGCUGUUCUUGAAACAUAAUUGCAGGCUAGAUCUAGAAUUGAACCUGGUAGAACAUAGCACAGGAACAGGCCCUUCAGCCUACAAUGUAGUGCCAAACCAAUUAAAUUAGUAAUCAUGUGGCUAACUAAACUAAUCUCUUUUGCCUAUACAAUGUGCACAUCCUUCCACAUCUAAAUGUCUCUUAAAAAUCUCUAAAGCAUCUGCCUCUACCAACACCCCAGACAGUGCAUUCCAGGCACUCACCACUCUGUGUAAAAAAAAACAUCCUUCACAUCUCCUUUGAACUUACCCCCUCUCACCUUAAAUGCAUGCCUUCUGCUAUUAGACAUUUAAGUGAUGCACAGUAAAAACCACACAUAGCAGUCCCUGGAUAGAUUUGUCUCCAUAUAAUGGGCAAAACAUCUUGAUUUUGAUUCAUUGAAAACAAUGUGUCCUCUUGAGGGAAAUCAAAAGUGUUUCUAAGAGCAGGGAAAAUUACUACCAUUAUGUUUGUUAUCAAGUGGUUCAGGCAUUAUGCUCAUUGACUUAAAUUCCAAUUUUCUCAUCUGUAAAAAAGUUGUUGAGAACUGUCAGUGGGGAAAUUCUAUUAAAAAACACAAUUGCACUGCUCCAUUGGCUCAGAGGGUAACUGCACUGCACUGUGUGCUAAGCCAUACAGAUCAGGGAUGCUGUGGUUUGUGAUCUUUGCCAAGUUAGUGGAUCUCAUUGGUCAUUUGGGUGCUCCAGUGGGCCCUGUGUUCAAAAAAAAAAGCAGACGUGCUUCCCAACAACCACUCUGGGCACUGCCUGAGUGCCAGUUGGACACCAGCUUGGGCUUGGCUCUGAUGUUCUGUUUUGUCUGCCCAGUCUCGCUCGUGAAGAACAACUGUUGGAAUGAGGUGCCAAAAAGCAGCUGGGGCAUCUGUGGAACCUGGCAAACGUUGAUGCCUUUGGAAGAAAGAGAGAGCAAAAAUUAGGAUAAAAAAAAAUAGUUGUGUUAAUUAUUAAAUCCAUUCGUAUAACUCAAAACCAAUUUUGACCAAAACCUUAACCUUAGUAAUUUAAUCACUGAUUUAAUUUUUUUGAUACAGUUUUCAAAGUAUUUUAGAAAGAAAAAUUCAUCAUGUUAACAUAACUGCGAGUGAAUUUUAAUGAGAUGAACAUUGAUGAACUCUGUAAUUAUCCCAGUAUAAGUGUACUUUUGUGAAAUUUAUUAAACUUGUUAAAGAUUGUAUAACCUAUUUAUUGUAUGUAUGUACAUACAGUCUGAUGCUUACUUAAAAUGUAAAGUGGUCUCAGUAGAAUCUGGCUCAGUCUAGUUUAGACUGGUGAUUCUUGUCUUAGCCAUGUGCACUGGACUCUACCUCUGUAUAGAGAGAUUUCCCUUGAUCCUUGGUUAGUUGGAAUAUAAAAGCUUUUUUUGUGACAAACUGAUUAUGUACUUUAAUUAUGUUUCUUGUGCUGAGAAAACCUACUGUAGCAAUUUUUUUUUUCGGUUUGACUUUUAAUGUUUAAACCUCAGAAAAUGGCUUACAA